AUGAGAUGCGUCCCGGAGUUGAGAAACCCUGAAGGAUUGUCACGGGCUCCCAGAGCCCAAAAGGCAGCAUCCCUUGAUCGGCCCCCCAGGCUCUGCUCCCAGAGCUGGUGGCCACCACCCAAACGAGCGGCGCCUCCGGCGACUGUUCCUGCAGGAUCCGCCAACUGUGUGCGCCUCCCGCCGCUGGGCACCGACAGCAGUGCCGAGAGCGGGACGCGGGCAGGGGCUUCCGGGGCCCGCCGGCGCCCGGACUCCGAUUACAGGUUCACACCAGGAGCCCGGCAGGCGCGCCCUCGCGCAGCCCGGCUCCCCCGCCAGGCUAUUCUUCUCCAUUCAUGCGGACGCCCAGAGCUGCCGCCGCCGCCGCCAGCGCGGCCGCCGUCGCCGUCCGUCCGGAUUGGCUGGCGGCCGGGGCGCCGGCACUUUCCCACGGCCCGCGGCGCGUGCGGCUCACCGGCGGCGCUGCAGGCGCGGCCCUGGCACACGGCCAGGCCAAUCGGGGCGCGCCGGGUGGGGCGGGGCGGUGGCUAUUGCCGGGCUGGUGUCCCGGGCCGGCCCUCCAUUCCUGCCCGCCGCCGGCCCACCGCCGCCCGCGGCCCCCAGCCGAGCUCCCGCGGAGCCGACGCACUGCCGCCGGGCAGGGGCGGGCUCCAGGGGCGGGGCGCAGCCGGCCUGGGCCCCUGCUCGUCCCGCCCCCCUGCGGCUGCCAAUCCGCGUAGCGAGGCGCCGAUUGGCGGGAGCCCGCGGUUGCCCGGGAGCCGCGGCCCCGCCCCUGCCCCAACCUCCCCGCCUCCUCCGCCCUCCCCCUAUCCCUGGGAAGGGGCGCAGCGUGGGAAAGGGAUGGUUGAGUUUUAA